GGGGUCCAGCUUUGGUGUCUCUCCCUUUAAUCUCUCGGUCUUUCGUACAGGCAAAACCUGAAUUUUAAUGCUCGUGCGCAUUGCUUUAAAUCCAUCCGGAUCAUCAUCCAAGGUGUCGCUUCUUCUCCUCUUUUUCUAUCGGACCCCCUGGAUUGGAUGUGUGUGUUCUAAACGGGGACUGGAGGAUUUUGUUUGGUUUGGUGGCGAGGACUUUUGCGUUCUGGUCUCCUUCUUGUUUGUUGCAUGUACAUGUUUGGCCAUAUCCCAUGAAGUCUGUGCGCAGAUAGAGAGAGAGAAAGAGAGAGAGAGAAAGAGAGAGAGAGGGGUCCUGUCAUGCUGAUAUUGCACAGGCAGACCAUCAAAGAUGGAGUGAAGAGUGGAAAAUAGUUACACUGGAAGACAGCCAAGAAGACGGAGCUACAGUAACUUUUUUGUUUCUAUUAAAAGAGUAGCAGAUUUAAAGCUACCACCCAAAGCAAGAUCUGUUUCCUUGGGAUGGGGGGUUCUAGCAUUGGUGAUGUGAUUGGGGGGUGUCUUGCCUGUGAACUGCCCAUCAUAGCCUAAAACAGGAGUGUCACCUAAUCUGUUCAGUUGGGAUUUUUUUGGACCGUAGAUACCCUCUUCUCUCCAACCUGAUCUGGAUCAUGUCACCGCAAGGAGGAACCACAUGGAUACCUACAACUAUGGUCCAGCCAUUUGCCAAUCUACAACGAAUCUGUUGGAUUGUAGCUGUGGUAGCAUCUUGCAUAACAUUGGGACAGGGGCAACAGUAUCCAGUUGUCACUACAAACUAUGGCAAACUGAGAGGCUUAAAAACAUCACUGCCCAAUGAGAUUUUGGGACCUGUUGAACAGUACUUAGGGAUUCCCUACGCUCUGCCACCCACAGGCGAGAGAAGGUUUCAGCCUCCAGAGCCACCUAUGUCUUGGCCAGGGAUCCGAAAUGCCACUCAGUUUGCCCCGGUGUGUCCCCAGUUUCUGGAAGAUCGCUUUUUGCUCAAUGAUAUGUUACCUGUAUGGUUCACUGCUAACUUGGAUACAGUGGUAACCUACGUGCAGGACCAAAGUGAAGACUGUCUAUACCUGAACAUCUACGUGCCCACUGAGGAUGUAGGAGCCAACACUUACAAUCAACGUGCUGAUUUCACCAAUAAUGAGGGUGGCGAAGACAAAGACAUUCAUGAUGAGAACGGUCUGAGGCCCGUCAUGGUAUACAUUCAUGGCGGAUCUUACAUGGAAGGAACAGGGAACAUGAUCGAUGGCAGCAUCCUGGCCAGCUACGGAAACGUCAUCGUAGUUACACUUAACUACAGAUUGGGAGUGUUGGGAUUUCUAAGCACAGGAGAUCAGGCCGCCAAAGGGAAUUAUGGACUGUUGGACCAGAUUCAAGCCUUGCGGUGGAUCAAAGACAACAUCCAGGCCUUCAAAGGAGAUCCAAAAAGGGUGACGAUAUUUGGAUCAGGAGCUGGAGCAUCAUGUGUUAGUUUGCUGACCCUGUCCCAUUAUUCAGAGGAUCUGUUUCAGAAAGCCAUCAUCCAAAGUGGCACGGCUCUAUCCAGCUGGGCCGUCAAUUACCAGCCGGCCAAGUACACACGUUUGCUUGCAGAAAAAGUAGGCUGCAACAUGCUGGAUACCAUAGAACUGGUGGAGUGCUUGCAAAACAAAAACUACAAGGAGCUGAUUGAGCAAUAUAUCACCCAGGCCAAAUACCACAUUGCAUUUGGGCCUGUUAUUGAUGGCGACGUGAUCCCAGAUGACCCCCAGAUCCUCAUGGAGCAGGGUGAGUUUCUGAACUAUGACAUAAUGUUGGGCGUCAACCAGGGAGAAGGUUUCAAGUUUGUUGAUGGGAUUGUAGACAGCGAGGACGGAGUGUCGGCCAAUGACUUUGACUUUGCGGUGUCGGAUUUUGUCGACCACCUGUACGGUUAUCCGGAGGGGAAGGAUACGCUCCGAGAGACUAUCAAGUUCAUGUACACUGAUUGGGCCGAUAAGGAGAAUCCUGAGACCAGGCGCAAGACUUUGGUGGCAUUAUUUACCGAUCACCAGUGGGUGGCACCUGCUGUAGCUACGGCCGAUCUUCACGCACAGUACGGAUCGCCAACGUACUUCUACGCUUUCUACCAUCAUUGCCAGAGCGAGAUGAAGCCAAGCUGGGCGGACUCUGCACACGGAGACGAGGUGCCUUACGUGUUUGGGAUCCCUAUGAUUGGCCCGACUGAUUUAUUCAACUGCAACUUUUCAAAGAACGACGUCAUGCUCAGCGCAGUGGUUAUGACCUACUGGACGAAUUUUGCUAAGACUGGUGAUCCAAAUCAACCGGUACCACAGGACACGAAGUUCAUACACACAAAGCCCAAUCGGUUUGAAGAAGUGGCCUGGUCCAAGUACAACCCUAAAGAUCAGCUGUACCUUCACAUCGGCCUGAAGCCUAGAGUACGAGACCAUUACCGUGCCACAAAGGUAGCCUUCUGGCUUGAACUUGUGCCUCACCUUCACAACAUCAAUGGACUGUUUGAGUAUGUCUCGACUACCACUAAGAUCCCGCCACAGGACACUACACCCUUCCCUUACACCAAGCGACUUGGGAAAACCUGGCCGUCAACAACACGGCACCCAGGAAUCCCUCCUUCAAAUACCAAGCAAACUACAGACCAACGCAAAGGCAACGAUCUCGUCGAGGACUCCGCUGUGAUGAUUGAGACUAAGCGGGACUACUCAACAGAACUAAGUGUUACCAUCGCAGUUGGUGCCUCAUUGCUCUUCUUAAACAUCCUGGCCUUUGCCGCACUCUACUACAAGAAAGACAAGCGACGCCAUGAGUCUGGCCGUCGUGGUACCAGCCCACAACGCAAUGCCAACUCCAAUGCUAAUGAUGUCUCCCGAAUGCAGAGUGACGAACUCGCAUCCUUGCAAAUGAAGCAGCAGCAACAACAGCUGGAGCAGCAGCUUGAAAAUGAGCACCGGCACGAAUGCGAGGCGCUGCGGCUGGCAUGUCCACCCGAUUACACGCUUACGCUGCGCCGAUCUCCUGAUGAUGUGCCGCUCAUGCAGCCCAGCACUAUCACCAUGAUUCCCAGCUCGAUUGGUUCCAUGCAGCCCUUGCACAAUUUCAAUGCCUUUGUUGGGACUCAGAACAGCACCAACCUCCCCCACGCUCACUCCACCACCAGGGUAUAGCUGCAAGCUCUUGGAAUACCUUUAGACUACCACCUCCUCUCGGUACUAUUACUAGGAAGUCAGGGUUGGUUUACUCCUGGCAUACAUCUUAAGACGUGAAGUCAUGGAUAAAAAAAAAGCUCCACCUGGAGAUUGAUUCUCAGUGGACUAGAUUAUUUUGUUACACCUUCUUAAAGAAUAUACAAGUCCAAUAUUGAUCUAUUUGUUUUGUGGGAAGGGGAAAGUGAACGGUACUCAACUUCACACUGUACUUGGAAAUCAAGUGGAGUGGGAAUAUUUUACCAAACGAAAUUCCUGACUCUUUUGAGGUAGAGAUUGCUGGCACAGGGAGCACCUCGAACCUAAAAAUAGAAGACAUCGAGGAUCCUUUUAAGCUCGGGACUGUUGAUCCUGUAUCAACCAGUGCAAAAAAAACACUGUCUUUUGAGCGAAUCGACUUUUCCGACACACACUGGACAAGAGAAUAGAAUUCUAAACAAUCUCCCAGCCUGAAAUGUAUUUAUGACAAAAUUUGUAAAGAUGACAAUUCUGUAAAUAGCUGUGAGUUAUGAAUCCAAUACUAAAGACGAUUACCAAUGCUUUUAUUGUUGUUUUCGGUUCCAAAUAUUACUAUUAACAAGCUUGUGCUUUUUUGUUGAAGUGAAUGUAUAUAUACCAAUCAUCACUGUUUUACUUUUUCAAAAGCUUCAUGUUCACAUUGCAAUCACUACAAAAAAGAGUUAUACUUAUUACAUCACACAAGUCUUCUCUUUAGUGGUCCUUCAACUUUCUGUCCAGCACUUGCCGUUUGUUCAAAAGCAGAUUCAAACUUUAACCUUAAAAGUAGAAAACAAUUGUCUACAAACAUGUUGAGUUUGUAGAUUGUCUUUCACCUGGUAGGGACCAUGAAUGAUCAGAAAUCCCAGCACUGCCCAAUGGGAUUAGUUUAAAGUUAAUGAAUCACAUAAUGGAGAGACAUCAAAAAAUGUCGGCGCUGUCGCUCAAGCGCGAUAUCUGAUGCUUAGUUUCUCACGACCGGUUAGGUUUCUAUAUUGUUUUAAAUCGUAGAAAUAAGGCUUCGAUUCCAGGUGCCAUUGCCAAACAGCUGAAAACUGCAUCUUGCACCGUCCCCCUGACAACUGAAGGUCAUCCACACCAUCUGCUUCAUUCUGAAUUUUUAUUUCCAUAACUUUUCUGUUACAUGCACCGCUGCCUGAACCCAAGACAUGGCCAGCAACGUACUGUUCAGAAUAAAACAACAGACGAAAAAGAUAAAGCCCAGGCAGUGGCAUAUUUUUGCUAUAUUAGUUGGAUAUGUUUGUAAAAGAAGUAUAUGUUAGAUAUUUCUACUUGUCAUAUGCUAGCAAUAUGUAUUGUGCCAGGCUUGUGAUAUUUUUGGGUUACAACGCAAGUGAAUGAAUGUAAAUAAUAAUUAAAAAAUAUAUAUACAUUUAUAUAUAUAUAUAUAUAUAUAUAUAUAUAUAUAUAUAUAUAUAUAUAUAUAUAUAUAUAUAUAUAUAAAAUCAUUAACCCUAAUAUUUUAGUUCUGCAUCCUAUAAGAGAGCUUGGAAGCGCAAAGUAAAAAAAAAAAGCAAAUAAAAAUUUAUAAAGUUACCUUUGUAUAUUAAAUCUAAAAUAUUCAUUAUAGGCCCUUCAACUGUCAAUAAAUCAAGGGUGAAUUGUAGGAUUCCACAUACUAGUUUGUCUUAUAUUGUUUGCGGUUUUUGCCUUAAGUGAUAGAUAAGAUUUCUGGCUGGACACCUAUAUAAUUUUUUUCUGCAACAUUUCUAAUAAAAAAAAUCGAUAUUUUCUAA